GAAUUUCCAUUUUUUACCUUGACGGCAUUUCCUCCCGGAUUUCUUGUACAUGUUGGGGGUGUUGUUAGUGCACGUUCUGUGAAGCUUUUGGAUCGUAUCCACAAUCCUGCCUUUGUCGGAAUUAUGGGUAACACAAGAUCUUACAAACUACUAGACUGGAAUAGUUUCAAUUCAGAUGAACCAGAAACCCGAGAUGCGUGGUGGGCGGAAAUCAGACAAGAAAUAAAAUCACAUGCUAAAGCAUUAGGCUGUCAUGCUGUUGUGGGCUACAGUGAGUCGACUAGCAUCUGUGAAGAGGUCUGUAUUUUAUCUGCAUCCGGCACGGCGGCUGUACUGAACCCUAGAUUUCUGCAGGAUGGCACCGUGGAGGGCUGUUUGGAACAGAGGCUCGAAGAAAAUUUGCCUGCAGGCUGUGGAUUUUGCCAUAUACCGUAUGAUGAACUGAAUAUGCCAUUUCCAGCUCAUCUUACAUAUUGCUAUAACUGCAGGAAACAAAAAGUUCCUGAUGUUCUCUUUACAACCAUAGACCUCCCAACAGAUGCAGCCGUUAUUGGAAAAGGUUGUCUUAUACAGGCAAGGUUGUGUCGCUUAAAAAAGAAAGCACAGGCAGAAGCAAAUGCUACAGCUAUCAGUAAUCUCUUGCCAUUUAUGGAAUAUGAAGUACAUACGCAGCUAAUGAAUAAGCUGAAGCUCAAAGGAAUGAAUGCUUUGUUUGGACUGAGAAUUCAGAUCACAGUGGGUGAAAACAUGUUGAUGGGGUUAGCGUCUGCCACAGGAGUGUACUUAGCCGCUUUACCAACACCUGGUGGUAUUCAGAUUGCUGGGAAGACUCCUAAUGAUGGCUCCUAUGAACAGCAUAUUUCUCAUAUGCAGAAGAAGAUAAAUGACACCAUCACUAAGAACAAAGAGUUAUAUGAAAUCAAUCCUCCGGAGAUAUCUGAAGAAAUUAUAGGAUCCCCUAUCCCAGAACCCAGACAACGUUCAAGACUUUUAAGAUCUCAGUCAGAAAGUUCUGAUGAAGUUACAGAAUUAGACCUUUCACAUGGAAAAAAAGAUGCUUUCGUUUUGGAGAUCGAUGACACAGAUGCCAUGGAAGAUGUACAUUCUCUACUUACUGAUGUUCCUCCUCCUUCAGGCUUUUAUAGCUGCAAUACAGAAAUUAUGCCUGGUAUAAAUAAUUGGACAUCUGAGAUACAGAUGUUCACAUCAGUAAGAGUAAUCAGAUUAAGCAGCCUUAACCUGACUAAUCAAGCUCUCAAUAAGAACUUCAAUGAUCUCUGUGAAAAUUUGCUCAAGAGCCUAUAUUUUAAACUACGAUCUAUGAUCCCUUGCUGUCUUUGCCAUGUAAAUUUCACAGUGUCUCUGCCUGAAGAUGAACUAAUACAGGUUACAGUUACUGCAGUUGCAAUAACUUUUGACAAAAAUCAGGCUUUACAGACCACGAAAGCACAGGUUGAGAAGUCACUGCAAAGAGCCUCUACAGAUAAUGAAGAACUUCUGCAGUUUCCACUGGAGCUCUGUUCAGAUUCUCUUUCUUCUCAUCCCUUUCCACCAGCUAAAGAACACCUGGAGAGUGCAAGUUCUAACUCAGGUAUACCAGCUGCACAGAGAGCAACGUCAGUUGAUUACAGUUCCUUUGCAGACAGAUGCAGCAGCUGGAUAGAGCUCAUUAAACUGAAAGCUCAGACCAUAAGGCGCGGAUCAAUUAAGACAACCGUGACAGUCGAAAAAGCCAGUCCGAUGGGUGAAGGAAAUUUCCGGAAUCGCGCUGCUCCACCUUGUGCAAAUUCCACAGUUGGGGUUGUUAAGAUGACACCACUUUCUUUCAUACCUGGAGCAAAAAUAACUAAAUAUCUUGGGAUAAUUAACAUGUUUUUUAUUAGGGAAACUACUUCUCUUCGUGAGGAAGGAGGCGUCAGUGGCUUUCUCCACGCUUUCAUUGCUGAAGUGUUUGCGAUGGUGAGAGCACACGUCGCUGCACUGGGAGGGAAUGCCGUUGUCUCCUACAUAAUGAAGCAGUGUGUCUUCAUGGAGAAUCCGAACAAAAACCAGGCACAGUGUCUUAUCAACGUCAGUGGGGAUGCGGUGGUUUUUGUUCGUGAAUCUGACCUAGAAGUGGUAUCAACCCAGCAGCCCCCUGCCAACUGCCAGCCACUAUGUACUGGAGGAGAGGUGACCACUUGAAGAAGAUUCAAAAGAGCUUAACUAAAUGGAAUUCAUCUGUCUCCAUUAUUUCAUCAUUGAUUUUCUUUGUAGACUUGAAAAAAAUUGGACUUAGUUCAAGAUAAUUAAGAAAGAAUUGGUAUGUUAUGAGAAGAUAUGAUUUGUCUGGACUCUCCAGAGGCAUGAGAGUUUUCUAAUCUGGAUGUUUUAUUUGUCUAGUCUAGACAGACAGGCACCAAUUGGGUUUUCACCCUUUCAUAAGUUAAGGUAAAGUUCUAAGAGAACUAGAGCAAAGAUGGAAACUAUUUAUAUUUUGUCGAUUUUAAUAAAAUCAUAAUUUAGAAAAAUGAAAUGGGAAGAUUAUCAGGAAACUAAGAUAGCUACCCUAGUGUAAUUUUGAAACACCAAGCAAGGACUUCCCCAAGUUGGUAGAGAGCAAACAG